AGCAUACAUGGUUCUGAAUAGAAAUUUAGAAGGAAGUAUUACGUGUAUUGUCCAUUUGAUGAAAUGUGUGAGAAACCUCAAGAGAUUGAUCUAAUUUUUGUGAAAAAGUGAAAAGUAAAUAAAAGUUUAUUCGUGUCGCAUGCUCUAAUAUGCUCCAAUAUGUUUCUAUAAUAGCACUUACUCACUUUAACUUAGAAUUAGAUUGCGAUGUGAAUAAAUCUAGUGAGUUUGCGAGGAAUUUUAACAGUGAAUUUUAAGAGUGAAAAAAGAAUGAAAAGAGAAAGAAGUUUAGGUGAUAACUAUGAAAACGCUGGCAACGUGAGCAACUUACUUAUUUCAUGCAUGCGCACAUUUUGGCCAACAUUAACAAAAGUCGACAGAGUUGCAUUACUGUAUAUACUAUAUAUAUCAUGCUUUGCACUCAGCAACCUGCAUAGUGGCCGAGUCACACCUUGAGAAGAAUUGGCAGCUGUUAUUAUUAUAAUAACAAUCUUUCUUUUGCAAAAUUUAUUUUAAGUAAGUUAAAUUUUAAUUAUUUCUUUUUUUUUAAUUGAAAUAUGAACGAAAUAGAAAGCUUACGACAAAGAGUCAUAGAGCUCGAAAACGAGCUGCAAGAAAAGAAAGAUAAAAAUGUGACAGUAACAAGGGGAAAGAUCGAACAUAUGUCAGAUGAAGUGGUGGAUUCGAAUCCAUAUAGCCGAUUGAUGGCAUUAAAACGUAUGGGUAUCAUUGAAAAUUAUGAAAAAAUACAAGAAUUAACGAUAGCUAUAGUUGGAAUUGGUGGUGUUGGUAGUGUAACAGCAGAAAUGUUAACAAGAUGCGGUAUCGGAAAGUUGAUACUGUUUGAUUAUGAUAGUGUAGAACUUGCAAAUAUGAAUAGAUUAUUUUUUCAACCACAUCAAACAGGCCAGAGUAAAGUAGAGGCUGCAGCAAAUACCUUGCAUUACAUAAAUCCUGAUGUGGAAAUUGAAAUACAUAAUUAUAAUAUUACGACUGUUAAUCAUUUUCAAAAUUUUAUGAAUACAAUAAGUAACUCCAGUUUGAAAAAUGGUCCAGUCGACUUAGUACUGAGUUGUGUUGAUAAUUUUGAAGCUCGCAUGGCAAUAAACACUGCUUGUAAUGAACUUAAUCAGAAAUGGUUUGAAAGUGGCGUAUCUGAAAACGCAAUGUCUGGUCACAUUCAAUUUAUUGUACCUGGUGAAACAGCUUGUUUUGCAUGUGCUCCACCUUUAAUUGUAGCAUCUAGCAUUGAUGAGAAAACCUUGAAACGUGAAGGAGUAUGUGCUGCGUCAUUACCUACUACGAUGGGUAUCGUAGCAGGCUUUUUGGUGCAGAAUACUUUAAAGCUUUUGCUAAAAUUUGGCAAAAUAUCUCAUUAUUUAGGUUACAAUGCUAUGGAAGACUUCUUUCCUAUUAUGACUUUGCGGCCAAAUCCAAAUUGUGAUGAUGAAUAUUGUAAACAAAAGCAAAAAGAAUAUUUGGCAAAGCCAAAAAUCCAACAGAAUAAAAUUGCUAUUAUUGAGAAACCUGUACAUGAAGAUAAUGAAUGGGGUAUAUAAAAUAUACGCACGCACGUACA